AUGGCGAUGCCGCGCAGCGCGCCGGCGGAGCCAGAUGAAAGCGCGUCGCGCACGAAGCUCCUCGUCGGCGGCAUCGCUGCCUUCCUGCUCCUCGCCAUCAUCAUCGGCACGGCGGCGUUCAUCGUGUCGGAGAGGGCCGAGGACGAGGGGGACACGAACAAGAAAGCGAUGGCCGCCACGAUGCGCACCGUGGACUCGUCGCUGCUGGAGGCCGUGCGCCAGAGCAACGACACGCUGGUCCACGAGGCCCUGCUCGACUGCAAGAUGCUCCUGGACGACUGCGCCGCCGACGUGACCCGCGCGCUCUCCACCGUCGCGUGGCGUGGCGUCGACGGGCCGGCUCAGGACCUCCAGGCCUGGCUGAGCGCGGUGAUCACGUUCCAGGGCUCCUGCGUCGACAUGUUCCCCAAGGGCGAUGUCCGCGUCCAGAUCAAGGAGAUCAUGGAGAAGGCGCGGGAGAUCUCCAGCAACGCCAUCGCCAUCAUCCAGCAGGGUGCUGCCCUCGCCGCCAUGCUCGAAAUCGAUGCCGGCGCGGAAGUCACCCUCCCCAAGGACGCGGACGACGACGACGACGACGACGACAAAGACGAUACCUCCGCCGAGCAAAGCGACGGCGAGCGCCAGCUCCAGGAGUCCGUGUCCAACGUCCCCACGUGGGUGCCCAGCGAGGACCGGAGGAUUCUCGAAGAGGCGGAAGAAGAACGCAAUGGCGUGCUCACGCCUAACGUGACGGUGGCCAAGGAUGGCUCCGAACUUCACAAACAUCUCGGCCGCCUUGGACGCGUUGCCGAAGAAUUACAACGGGAGGUAUGUGAUUUACAUCAAGGAAGGUGUCUACGACGAGUCGGUGAACGUCACCAACGGGAUGUCCAACAUCACCAUGUACGGCGACGGCCCGAAGAAUCCAUCAUCACCGGCAGCAAGAGCGUCGGCGACGGUGUAAGGAUGUGGAGAACCGCCACCUUGGGUAAUCACACACUAUUAAUUGCUUUACCCACCUUGGCGGUGGACGGAGACAGGUUCAUGGCGGUGAAGAUGGGGAUCCGGAACACGGCGGGGGACGAGAAGCAGCAGGCGAUUGCGGUGCGCGUGAAGGGCGACCGGGCCAUCUUCUUCAACUGCCGGAUCGACGGGCACCAGGACACGCUCUUCGCGCAGGCCUACCGCCAGUUCUACCGCAGCUGCAUCGUCUCCGGCACUGUGGACUUCAUCUUCGGCGACGCGGCCGCCGUGUUCCAGCGCUGCGUGCUGCUUGUCAAGGACCCGCUCCCGGGCAAGCCGGGCGUGGUGACUGCGCAUGGCCGCCGCGACCGGCAGCAGACCACUGGCUUCGUCCUGCACCGGACCCGCAUCGUGGCCGAUGAGGCCCUCGCCAGCAAGUCGUCGACGGUGAAGACCUUCCUGGGGCGGCCGUGGAAGGAGUUCUCGAGGGUGGUGGUGAUCGAGUCGGUGAUCGACGGAUUCGUGCACGCGCAGGGGUACAUGCCGUGGGAGGGCAAGAACAACCUGGGCACGGCGUUCUACGGCGAGUACGCCAACGUCGGGGAUGGCGCCAACAUCACCGCGCGCGAGGAGAUGAAGGGGUUCCACGUGCUCAACAAGGAGAAGUCGAAGGUGUUCACGGUGGAGCGCUUCCUGAACGGCGGGGAGUGGAUACCGGAGACGGGCACGCCGGUGAGGCUAGGGCUGUUCGGCUGAGUCAGCUGAGAUAUACAGAUGGGUGGAGUGUGUUCAUCGAUCCGUGUGUACGAAUGCGUUGUUAGGUUCACCUGUAAUGUAAUGUAUGUACAAAAUACAGUCAAAAUAGUGACCUCAAAAGAGAAGUGCCUACUACGUGAAGAGGGAAAUUAAUGUCGA